AUGGCAACUCACAUGAACCGACCUCACCAAACUUACCCACCAAUGUAUCACACACCGCAAAGUAACUCCCCGACGUCGGUUGCCUCCCCGGGGGGCGCUGAUCAUCGGUCUGUUUACUCUACUCAGCACCUCCAGCAAGGUAUCUAUGGAUACCCGCAAACAUACUCCCUCCCUCCGUCGCAGCAGAGCCCGUAUCCAUCGGCUCAGCAUAUGACCAGCCAACCGCUACUGAUGUCCCAGCCGGGAGCUACCGCCAUGACACACCAUGCUGGUAUUCCUCAGCAUCAAUCUCCGACCACAAAAUUCCAACAGGCACCUGUUCACAGACCCCAGCAGGCUCCUCAACAACCUCCUCACAGCGCAGGCUUGACACAGCCGCCAGCAAACCACUCAAAUCCGAUUAACAAUAACCACGCUGGCCCAGGUGCCAACAGCGUAAACCCCAGCGCUGCUCCAGGCCCAAUUCCUGCCACAACCCCUUUGGUUGUCAGGCAGGAUAAUAAUGGCGUCCAAUGGAUUGCGUUCGAGUACUCGCGAGAUCGUAUCAAGAUGGAAUACACCAUUCGUUGCGACGUCGAGUCUGUAAAUGUUGACAAUCUUACACCUGAGUUUAAGCAAGAAAACUGUGUCUAUCCGAGGGCAUGCUGUCCAAAGGACCAGUACAGAGGGAACCGUUUGGUCUAUGAAACUGAGUGCAAUACCGUGGGGUGGGCUCUGGCUGAGCUCAACCCUCCACUUCGUGGAAAGCGUGGAUUGAUUCAGCGGGCCGUUGAUAGCUGGCGAAACUCGAACCAAGAUCCUAGACUACGAAGCCGAAGGGUUCGCAGAAUGGCUAAGCUUAACAAUAGAAAAGCAGUCCAUGCUGCUUCUCAGCAAUUGACUGCCGGUUCCCCGGUUCAUGCGGGUCAAAUGCCACUUGGUGUCAAAACGCCAGGUGGUAUGGGACAACCAGGACAAGGUAUGCACGAUGGCAAUUCAGUUGCCGGUAACGGUGAUAUGAAUGGCAUGCUCCGCCCCCAACAUUAUCAAGCUAACUCUCCUUACGUUGGAGUCCAUCCUCAUGCCCACAUGGGUGCUGCAGCCGGACCAAAUUCCAGAACCCCUACCGGGCAUAUUUCUCCUGCUGGAGGUGAAUACACCAACGGCCAUCAUCACCCCCACCAAACAGGACAGUCCCCUGCCGACAACAUGCACGCUCGACAUGUUUACCAACCAUACCCCCCUGCUUAUCCAAGCGAGCCCACAAAUGGUGCAUCCAUGCCCCCUUCCCUGCACGAUGUGAUGGAUGGCAGUCUUGGAAACCCGCAAAUGGGACCUACUGCAACAACCCAAUCCACAACCGUUUCGACGGCAGCCCCUGCAGCUUCCCUCUCUGCUCCUAAGUCAUCGGAGCAGGCUCUCUUCGCUGAUAUCCCAGAACACAAGAGGCGAAAGUUCAUCUUGGUUGAUGAUCCGCACCGAGGUUCGCGAGUCCGUGUUCGUGUGAUGUUGGAUAACGUCGAUAUGGAUGAGAUCCCGGACUCUUACAGGAAGAGCAACAGCGUCUACCCAAGAAGCUAUUACGCGAGACAAAUGCCAUCUCCCGAGGAGAGCUCUGGCACUAUUGUUGGCGACUGCAUCCAAGUUCAGAUGAUGGAUGGUAGCAAUCUUGAUGUCUCAACCCCGCCACCAACAAAGUUGCGCAAGGAUAAGGAAUCCGCAUUGAACGACCUUGGUUAUCGCAUGAGCUGGAGCCAGAGCCGUGUCUUUGCCGGCCGAACAAUGUUCCUACAGAGAGCUUUGGAUGCAUACCGCAAUAAGAUGCGAUGCGCAUUGCUCGCCAACGGCCAGGAUGCGACAGCUGUUGCUCCACACUUGGAAACUCGUGUAGGCAAGAGAAAGUGGAUGGAGAGGUACCGACGAUCCAAGGCUGGCUCUGACCGCGAUUGA